UCUACCACGAAGCCCUAACUUGGUGGAAGCUAUCUCCCUCUCUUUCUCUCCUUGCCAAAGAAACGAUGGUGUUCUAUUUCAAAGCCCGACCGGAGGUUGGUGACUACACGAUUUUCAUGGGUCUCGACAAGUACGAGAACGAGGAGCUCAUCAAAUAUGGUUUUAUCGAAGAUGUUUGGUUCCAUGUGGACAAAAUGUCUUCUGCUCAUGUUUAUCUUAGACUACAUAAAGGACAGACCAUUGAUGAUAUAAGUGAAGGUUUACUAGAAGAUUGUGUUCAGCUUGUCAAAGCAAAUUCUAUCCAAGGUAAUAAGGUGAACAAUAUUGAUGUUGUUUACACACCUUGGUCUAAUUUGAAGAAAACUGCCUCCAUGGAUGUUGGUCAAGUUGGUUUCCACAAUCCAAAGAUGGUUCGAACUGUGAGGGUGGAGAAGCGGAUUAAUGAGAUAGUUAAUAGAUUGAACAGGACAAAGGUGGAAAGGAAACCUGAUCUGAAAGCUGAGCGAGAAGCAGUUAAUGCAGCAGAAAGAGCGGAGAGAAAGCAGCAUUUGAGAGAGAAAAAACGCCGUGAGGAGAUGGAAAGACUUGAAAAGGAGAGACAAGCGGAACUUAGGAGCUAUAAAGGAUUGAUGAGUUCGGAAAAUAUGACAUCUAACAAGCAGAUAGCAUCCGCAAGCAAGUCCUUGCAGGAACUGGAAGAGGAUUUCAUGUGAGCAUACCCUUUUCCUUAUUUGGUAAGAUGCCCCAAGCCGCCUGAUAAACAAGGGCAGUUGGCAUUUAGUUUGUGAUGCUAGGGCUAAAAGCUUAUUAAAAAAAGAAUACGCCCUGUCCGGAACCUGUUGUCCUUAGGAUGUCAAUAAGAAAGAGGGUUAUACAAUAUCAAGGAGGCAAGGAAAAGACCAGGAAAAUAUUUGUUUUAGUUAAUUGAAUGUUGUAUGUGGAUGAUGAUGAAAACAAAAUUGAAAUAUUUAUUUGGGAUAAGUGUAAAAUAAUCUUGUGGAUGUGUGGUGGAUAUUAUUGUUUUUGUUAAUAUCAAUUUUUCUUAUUAUAA